AGAAGAGAAGAGGGGGAAGCAAAAUCGGGCCAAAGUUUUAUUUCGUCGUCUCGUCCGUUGCUUGCGAGUAACGGGAAGAGGAGGAGGAGGAGGGUCGGCGCCGGCGUUUCGUUGCGCGGCGUAAAAAAAUCUGGAGAAGGAACGCCGAGAUCGAUCGGCCGCAUCGAACGUACGCACGUUCCAAAACCGGUCGAAGCGGCGAUCGAGCGCGAUGAUCGCGCCACGUGUCGUGCAGCACCCGAUCGUUAGGAUGCCCGAUAACGAAUCCGGUCGUUGCACCGAGUGGACGGCCAAGCAGCCGGCCUACGCCGCUCUCUACGACCACCCUCGACCCACCCUCCCUUCCUGCCGAUUCGCUCGAGCAACGCCGAUCCAGCAACCCCUCCCGAUUAACGAUUAUGCCUUCACGGGAACGGCUUACGGCCAUCAAAUACUCUCUCCCAACGUUGGAACGAUACCUUAUCACGCGCCCCUUCCGUGCGUGGGACCGACCGUCACCGUCGACUUGCAGUCCCAGCGCCACGGCCAGUUUCGCCAUCAUCAAAAUGCAGGAGCAGGGAAGAAUUGCCAAUUGGGUCCGGUCGACGUGGAGGAUCUGGCCCUGUACUUCGAGCCCGAGAAAUCGCAGACCGGUUGCCCGUCCCGGCCAAUCUAUCGGCCAUCGAUCAACUCGUCGAAUUUUCGUCGGGCAACGAGAUCGAUCAACAACGCGUAUCCGUCGACGAGCGACGAACAAUUGUCAGAAUUUCCCUCGAACGUUGCUCACUUGCCGAUGUGCAACAAUGAUUGGCUCGACGGACAAUUUUGCGACACCUGUCCGCAACAGCAGUUCGCUUUUUGCACGGAGGAGCGAUGGCUCCAAUGCCCGGCGAGCGACCGUUGUCCCCUGUACGACGAAGCUAUCUACCCCUAUGGACAAAGUACACCGGUUUUGCCACCGUGCGUCUACGAGGAUUUGGGAUACCGAUAUAACGGGGACGAACAAAUUCUCGAGGAUUAUUUGAGCAACGAGAAGAGGAAGGAGAAGUCUCGCGAUGCGGCAAGAUACCGUCGAAGCAAAGAGACGGACAUUUUCACGGAUCUAGCCGCCGCCCUUCCCGUAACACCGGAACAGGCAGCUCAUUUAGAUAAGGCCAGUGUGAUGAGACUUGCCAUCGCCUAUCUUAAAGUGCGCUCGGUGGUCGACUGUAUUCCACGCCCGAUGACCAAAUCCGAAACGUUGAACCAAAUGGACGAAUUAUUUUCCAAAGCUCUGAAUGGAUUCAUGCUGGUGCUUUCCAGCGAUGGAAACAUGAUCUACCUGUCAGAGAACGUGAGCGAUUAUCUUGGCAUUUCCCAGAUGGAUAUGAUGGGUCAAAGCGUGUACGAAUACAGCCAUCCGUGCGAUCACGAAGAAUUGCGGGAAUGCCUGUCCUCGAAACCUGUACUCGAGAACAGCGAAAAACGUGCUUGCAGUUUUUUCUUACGGCUUAAGUGUACGUUGACCAGCAAAGGAAGGAAGGUCAAUCUGAAAAGCGCUUCCUACAAGGUGAUUCAUUGUACCGGUAGAUUAACGUAUAUCCGCGAUCCGAUAUUGAAUUCGUCGGAGGACGACGACACGAAAAAUAAAAAGGACGAGGAGGGGAACGAACGGGACACCGGAGCAUCGUUGGUUCUCUUGGGAUGUCCCAUACCGCACCCUAGCAACAUUGAGAUACCGUUGGGACGUCACACUUUCCUCUCCAAGCAUAGCCUCAGCAUGAAGUUCACGUACGCCGACGAAAAAUUGGCCGAAUAUCUGGGUUGGAACAGCGAGGAGUUAGUGGGACAAUCCGUUUUCGAGUUCUAUCACGCCCUCGACAAUUUGGCUCUGGAUAAAUCUUUUAAAUCACUGUUCAGCAAGGGUCAAUGCGAGACGGUCGCCUACAGAUUUCUCGGGAAACGUGGAGGAUACGCUUGGGUCGUGACACAAGCCACUCUAAUUCACUGUUCCAAGCAGCAAAAACCAUUGUCCGUCGUGUGUGUAAAUUACAUUCUAAGCGGUGUGGAACGCGAGGAUGAGGUGUACAGCGCGCGUCAGCUCGCAGCACGUGACACCGAGAAGGCCGUGAAGCCGGAGGAACCGGCCGCCGAUCCCGUCCUCGUCGAGCCUCUGCUCACGACCAAGCUUCGUCUCCGCGUCCAAGUGAACAACAACAACAACAACAACAACAGCAACAAGAGCAACAAGAGCAACAAUAACCUGGAAGAAGCGACGUUGGACGUUGGAAACGAGGAACGAUUCUCCCUGUCGCCCGCCCAACCGGAAAUCGGCGUCGACUCGUUCGAUCGCGCGAAACCGUUGACAGUGACCAGCUCGACUUUCCGCGCGGCGGACAACAAGCCGAGGAGGGCUGCCGUCCAGGCUCAGGACGGCUCGCGGAAGGAUAACACCUUCCCGAGACCGGUCCAAUCAACGGAGAAAUCGUUCGUCGGUGUUCAAGCGCUGAAACAGUCUCUCGAGGAGUCGAUCAAGGAGAACAGCGAGCCCAAAAAGAAACAGCAGUGCCGUCAGCAAUCGGCCGGUGGCCGUGCUCCGUUCGAGUUCCAGGGUAAACCCGCGGUGGAAUACGAUCCGGAGACCGCUGUACGCCAGGACAGACCGCACGUGGUCACCAGACACCUGUUCGCUUCCAUUGCCACGCAGCAACAGCAGGAACAGCAGAUCACUUGCAGACCACCGCCACAAACAGCGACUGCGAGUAUCUUCGCACCUCGUACCGAGGACAUGAACAAAGGCUUCUUGACUUUCAGCGAGGAUCAUCCAGGCCUUACGAUGCUGAAGGACGAGCCGGAGGACCUAACGCAUCUGGCGCCCACACCUGGCGACGUAUGCGUCCCCCUCGAGGACACGCCUUUCCUCUCGGAAAUGCUCGACGAGUUUAUCCUUAGUAGCGACAAUUAUUGUCCCCUGCUCAGCCCGGGCGGAGCGUUGGCCCCCGAAUUGCGAUCCACGGAUUUCGGCGACCCCCUCAAGGACGCCGAGUUGGGCGACACCCCUGCGAGAGGCAAGGAUCUGGGGGAGUCCUUGGCCGACAGCGACCCGUUCAUGUACGGCGACUCGCCGAGCAGCCCUUGCAGCAUCGAUCCGACCGCUGUUUCACCCCAGCUUACCAAGUAUCGCCAAAGCCCCGAGAGGAGCAUAGACUCGUUGGGCAGCCCUACCGGUGGUAGCGGCGCCGACGGUUUGUCGGAGGACGAGAUGUUGAUGUUGGGGUUGAACGACAGCAUAGCAGACGACGAGUUGGAGUUGAGGGCUCCUUACAUACCGAUGUCGGAUCAAGACGAGGCGUUGGAUCUGCUUAUCAGCAACGAUAUGGUGAUGUGGAGCCCGCCGCAGACGACGGAUCAGAAGAACGGUUUGAAAUGGAUGUUGGCGGAGAAGGAGCAACGAACGUCGGAUUCUAGUUUGGCACAGCUUUUGAAAACGGAUCAGGUCGUCUCGAGAAAGUACAACGACCACGGUGGGGGUUUGGUGAAUCCGGUCCAAGUUCUCGGCCAAAUCCCUAGAAAAAAUAUAAAUCUAGAUAACUGCCAUUGGUCCUCCAAAGUGGACAGACCAACGAAGCGUAUUCACACUGCCUCGAUAGACGUAGGAAACGACAAUAAACGUAUCAAAUGCGACGAGUCCACGAAACGCAGCUGCCAUCUGGAGGAUCAUCUCUUGACCAAACAACAACAACAACAACCGUCUUCGAGGAAAUGCUCGCCGUCGAACAACCUCGGGAACAGUCAACUGCUGCGCCGCUUGGUGUCGCAUCAAAACGCCCUGCGAAAUAAUAAUUUCGCGAACGAAUCGUUCGAUGGUACGGCAGGGAACGGGCGGCAGAGCGUGAAUCGAAUAGACUCGGAGCUGGACGUGACGCAGGAUGGGGAAGGAGACGGGGGCGGUGGCGACAGUAGCGACGGCGGCGGAAGGAAUGGCGAGGGGAACGAGAGCGGAAGGUGUGGUCGGAACGGCGUAGAAAACGGCGACACGAUCGGUCAGAUCCCACAGCGGAAUCCAGCGUGCAACAGCGUGCUAAUGAAUCUCCUGGUGUCCGGCUGCGAUGUUGUUCAGGAAAACUUGAUGGAGUCGCGGAACGUGCCCACGAUGUACCCGAAAAUAUCCCUGAUGUCCCCGCUGUCCGUGAACCUGGAGAAUCAUCAAAUGGUGCCCCAGUGCCCGGAUUCGAGAGGAUCGUCGAGCUCGUCGUACGACCAACUGAGCCCAGCAACGAGGAAACAGAUAUCCAACAACGCGUUCAUAAACGGGGGAGGAUCGAUAGUGUCGUCCCCUUCCUCGCCGAUGAUGCCGUUCGACGCGUUCGAUUACGAAACGAGUAUGUCGGUGAGCGGAUUGCUCCAAGUCGAGCCGGAUCUUUUUGGAACUCUGCUCGAUCGAAAUCUCGUGUAAAAGCUCGUGCUCCCGAUUCGAAAGAAGGAAGGAAACCGGUUGGAUCCGGUUUGUUGUAAAAUCGGUUGGAAAAAUACGUGGAAAGGAUGAAAGGAGAGAUACGGUUGCAAUACGGAAGGAUGCAUGAAUAAUUGAUGAAAAGGCAAAAUGAGAUGCCAAAGCGAGACGCGACUUUUCUUUUUUUUUUUUUUUUUUUUUUUUUUAGGUACACUUUAAAGACACAGUUCGGGGUUGUUGUUUCUUUUCUAUUUGACCGAGUGCGAGUAUCGUCCAAAAAAAAAUAUUGUAUAUCGAUAUUUUUUCAUUGGUAUAACUGCGCUUAUAAAUUCACGCCGUAUUCGAUCCAGCGGGAUCCAGCGAUUCUAGAUUUUUCAUGCGAAAAGUGCCAAUGCAUUUUUAGGAUGUUUAGUGUUUAAGUAUAUAGUAUAUAAAGUAUAAUGAAAAUAAGAAAGGAAAGAAAGGAAGGAAGGAAGGAAGGAAGGAAGAGAGAGAGAAAGAUGACGGUUCUGCUAUCGUAGCGCCGUUUUGCGAUACAUAUAUGUAUACAUAUCUGACAUUCGGUUGACUAUAAUAGAGCAUAAUUCCUCCUCUAAUCCAAUAAUGAUUUUAACCUACCUAACGUCAAAUGAACAAAAUAUUCGAGUGGCGCGUUUCAUCAUCGAGUCGGAUUGAUCAGUUAGAUAAAAAUGAGGAAGAGGAUAAGAAAGGGAAUCCCGAUCUCUCGACGAGUCGAGGAUUAUUAUUAUUGUUGAGAGCGAGAGAAAUAAUUAAUAAAGAUAAAGAGCGGAGAAGGAUAAAGAGGGGAUGAAACACGCAUAGCAUUCGUUUCUAUUCUAUUGCAGCCGAUUGAUAUAUAUCGGCGAUGAUUUUUGACGAUCCGUUCGCGAUAACGAUAAUCAUGUACACGUUUAUUGCGAAUUCUCAUCGUUGUUGUUACUGUUUUUUAUAGUUUUUAACGAAGCCAAUCCGAGUAUCAGUUGUUAUUAUCAUAUUAUUAUUGUAUUAUUAUGAUUUAUCGUUUUGUGCACGUAUUUUAAGAAAUAUUACAAAUUCUAACGCAGUAUAUAUUAUAUAUUAUAUUAUAUAUAUAUAUAUUUUUACUUAUUCACUUAUUGAUACAGCUAUUGUAAUCGUGUAAUUUUAUUACUUUAAUAUCACUGUAUUUUUAUUAUUGUAAUAAUCUAUGAUUAUUAAUCCUAUCUAUCUGCAUUACAGUGCUGAUAUAGAUCGAUAUUACCACGAGAAAAGAAAAGUUAUGAGUAAAUAAAUAAAUAAAUAAAUAGUCUUUCUAAUA